AUGAAGGUUCUGCUGCUGAAGGAUCCCAAAGACAAAGAUUCAGGACCAGAUCCGUAUAUUAAAGAAUUAGGAUUAUGUGGAUUUGAAGCAACUUUGAUUCCAGUUUUGUCAUUUGAAUUCCUCUCUCUUGAAAGCUUAUUUGAAAAGCUCUCUCAUCCAGAAUGUUACGAAGGCCUAGUGUUUACCAGUCCAAGAGCAUUAGAAGCCAUCAAGAUAUGUUUAAAAGAGAAUAGUAAAAAUGAAGCCUGGUCAAAAUCUCUUAAGCAAAGAUGGAAUAGCAAACCAGCAUACGUGGUAGGAAAAGCUACAGCUUCUCUAGUGGAAGAAAUUGGCCUUACUCCACAAGGAGAAAAGUCUGGAAAUGCUGAAAAAUUAGCUGAAUAUAUUUGCUCAAGAGAGAAGCGUGACUCCUCAGCUCUUCUUUUUCCCUGUGGAGCCCUGAAAAGAGAAGUGCUUCCUACAGUACUUCGAGAAAAAGGUAUACCUCUGGAAAGCCUCACUGUUUAUCAGACAACUCAACACGCUGACCUGCAGGAAUCUCUGAGCAGUUAUUUCUCGCAGCAGGGAAUUCCAGUGAGCAUCGUGUUCUUCAGCCCAUCUGGUGUCAAAUUUUGCCUCCAGCACAUUCAGAAGCUUUCAGGGGAUUUUAUCAACAAUAUCAAGUUUGCUGCCAUCGGCCCGACCACGGCUGAAGCCAUGGAGGCAGCAGGAAUCCCAGUGAGCUGCACGGCCGAGACUCCGACUCCCCAAGACCUCGCCGCUGGGAUCCAGAAAGCGCUUCACCUACAGAACUGCUCUUUAUCGAAAUAG